AUGGGCUCCGACACCCACCGCGCCGACGAGCGGCGGUUCCUCGACGAGCGGGGCUCGAGCGCGGCGCUGGCGCCCAACGGGCUGAACCCGGCGACGAUCAUGGAGAAGGCAGUGCGGGAGCGGAUCGUGGAGAGCUACUUCUGGAAGGAGCAGUGCUUUGGGGUGAACGAGGCGGACGUGGUGGACCGCGUGGUGGACCACGUGUCCUUCGUCGGCGGCACCCACGGUGCCAACCAGAAGCCCAGCCCCUUCCUGUGCCUGGCCUUCAAGCUCCUGCAGCUCGCCCCCGACGACGACGUCCUCGCCGAGUACCUGCGCUACGGCGGCGAGCGCUUCAAGUACCUGCGCGCCCUCGCCUGCUUCUACGUGCGCCUGACGCGCCGCGCCGAGACCGUCUACCGCCUCCUCGAGCCCUUCCUCGAGGACCGCCGCAAGCUGCGCCGGAAGGGCCGCGCCGGCACCAGCCUGACCUACGUGGACCAGUUCGUCGACGACCUGCUGACCAAGGACCGCGUCUGCGCCACGAGCUUGUGGCAGAUGCCCAAGCGCGAGAUCCUCGAGGACUUGGAGCUGCUGGAGCCGAGGACGAGCCCGCUUGGCGACAUUGAGGAUUUAUUGGAGGAGGAAGAAGAAGAGAAGAGAAAAGAAGAAGACGAUGUUGAUAUGAAUGGCGAUACCAACGGAGAUGCGAGAGCGGAUAGUGAUGAGGAAGAAGGGUUAAUUGAGGAGGGGGAACAGCUUUCGGAUAGGGGCUGUAGGAGGUCGACUUCUGGGUCGAGUAGGAGAGGAGAUUCGAGAUCCCGUAGCAGGGACCGAUCACGAAGUGGCAUGGACGUCGAUUCUCGUGGGGAAUCUGAUAGGGAUGACCGAUGA